GUUUCCUCGCUGACCACCUCCAAUCCACAACUCCACUCUCUUCCACACUUUCCAGACGUGUGGUCAGCUGACUUUCACUGGAGCAGCUGUGUGCAGUCGCGCAUUCUCACAAAGCACAACCAGCACAGACGACAGGGGAACACGGAGCUGAAAAUCGCGACAGAAAAACCCUGAUCCGCUCAGGACGUUUAUCCAUCAGGACGUGCUACAUUUGGGAACACGGCCAUGGGUAUGGACCGUACGGUAUCCCUGCUGUUAAUGCUGACGACUCUGUCGCUCGCCAUCGAGGUGCCAUCGGAUGACUCAGUGGGCUUGUUGGCGGAGCCCCAGGUGGCCAUGUUUUGUGGGAAACUCAACAUGCAUAUCAACAUCCAGAGUGGCAAGUGGGAGCCAGAUCCAACUGGCACCAAGAGCUGCAUCGGCACCAAAGAGGGCAUCCUUCAGUACUGCCAAGAGGUAUACCCAGAUCUCCAGAUCACUAACGUAGUGGAGGCCAACCAGCCCGUCAGCAUCCAGAACUGGUGCAAAACGGGUCGUCGCCAGUGCCGCAGUCACACGCGCAUUGUGGUUCCCUACCGCUGCCUGGUUGGCGAGUUUGUCAGCGAUGCCCUCCUUGUCCCAGAUAAGUGCAAGUUCCUGCACCAGGAGCGAAUGGACAUGUGUGAGAGUCAUCUGCACUGGCACACAGUGGCCAAAGAGUCCUGCGGUGAUCGUUCCAUGAAUCUCCACGACUACGGCAUGCUGCUGCCGUGCGGCAUCGACCGUUUCCGCGGAGUAGAGUUUGUAUGCUGCCCUAUGGAGGAGCAGAAGGAGUUAGACAGCGAGGAGCAGGAGGAGGCCAACUCAGAUGUGUGGUGGGGCGGCGCAGAAGCCGAGUACACGGACAGCAGUGUACUGAGAGAACAGGCUCCGACCAAACCUGAACCUGCUGUGACUGAGGAUGAUGAGGAUAUCAACAAUGAGGAAGAGGAAGUCUGGGACAACGACGAAGAUGGUGACGGUGAAGAUGAUGAAGAUGAGGAAGAUGACGAUGAAGACACAACUGAUGAACAAGACACCAGUGAGCAGACCUCCAAUGUUGCGAUGACCACCACCACCACUACCACAACAGAGUCUAUAGAGGAGGUUGUGCGAGCGGUAUGCUGGGCCCCUCCUAGGUCGGGGCCGUGCCAUGCCAAGCUAUCCCGCUGGUAUUUUGUGGCGCAGACGGGCCAAUGCGCCCCCUUCAUGUUUGGGGGCUGCGGGGGUAACCGCAAUAACUUUGAGUCUGAGGAGUACUGCAUGGCUGUCUGCAGCAGCAGUGCGUUGCCAACCAUGGCCCCGAGCCCUGCUGAUGCUGUGGAUCGUUACCUGGAAGCUCCAGGAGAUAUGAAUGAGCACACCCGCUUCCAAAAAGCAAAGGAGAGCCUGGAGGCUAAACACAGAGAGAAAAUGUCAGAGGUGAUGAGAGAAUGGGAGGAGGCAGAGAGACAGGCGAAGAACCUUCCUCGUGCUGAUAAAAAGACCAUCAUUCAGCGCUUCCAGGAGAAGGUGGAGGCGUUGGAGAAAGAAGCGGCCGGGGAGAGACAGCAGCUGGUAGAAACCCACAUGGCACGAGUGGAAGCUCUGCUGAAUGACCGUCGCCGCCAGGCACUGGAAAGCUACCUUAGCACUCUGCAAUCGGACCAGCCUCGGCCUCGGCAGGUGCUUAAUCUGUUGAAGAAGUACAUACGAGCGGAGCAGAAAGACAGGCAGCACACUCUCAAACACUUUGAGCAUGUGCGAGAGGUGGAUCCCAAGAAGGCAUCUCAGAUUCGACCAUUUGUGAUGACCCACCUGCGUGUGAUUGAAGAACGCAUGAACCAAUCCUUGGGGUAUCUCUACAAGGUGCCACAAGUGGCUAAUGAAAUCCAGGACCAAGUGGCAUUGCUUAUUCAGCGUGACCAGGCAGAAGUCACCCAACAGCUGUCGUCUCUUCAGAGUAAGAUGAGGGUGAGCUAUGGGAACGAUGCCCUGAUGCCCGACCUGCCUGACAGCACCACCCCCCUGGACAACCUGCCACCAGAGCAGGACGGCCUAGGGUUCAUCCACCCCGAAAGCUUUAACCAGGCCAACACUGACAACCAUGUUGAACCCGUAGAUGCCCGUCCAAUUCCAGAAAGGGGUCUGCCUACAAGACCCGAGAUUCCAAAGGUUCGGCUGGACAUUGAGGAAAGACACAAUGCUGGUUAUGAUGUUCGUGACAAGAGACUGAUGUUCCUUGCAGAAGACAUGGGCUCUAAUAAGGGGGCAAUAAUUGGACUGAUGGUGGGUGGAGUUGUCAUCGCAACUGUCAUCGUAAUCACUCUUGUUAUGCUAAGGAAGAAGCAGUACACUUCUAUUCACCAUGGAGUUAUUGAGGUGGAUGCAGCGGUUACCCCUGAGGAACGUCAUCUCACUAAGAUGCAGCAGAACGGCUAUGAAAACCCUACCUACAAGUUCUUUGAGCAGAUGCAGAACUAAAGAACCACUUCAGAUCCACACAUUCCCCAUCCCCACCGCCAACCAUCACCACCAUCAUCAACCACCCCACUGCAUCAGGACAGAGAAUACAGACUGAUCCCUCAUACACGCUAUCGGUCAGCUCUGUCACCAUGGAGAUGAGAGUGGCUUCCAUCACCUGACCAUUUCAUCCAAUCGAACAAGCGCUCACUCAGUUUGCACAGAAGAGUGAUGUGUCAUUGCUGCCCAUCCAGCCAUCUGUCAGUACGAUGGUCCAUCUGUCUGCUCCCAUGCCUGUCCAUCACAGCACUGUGCAGUGAAUGAGGCGUUCUUAUUGCCCAUGCUUUCCUUCUAACUUACCCAUCCACAUUUUUUUCUCUCUCUCUCGUCUCUCUCGAGCAUUUUUGUUCCCCUACAGAGCUUUGUUAAGCACUUAUGUCCCCUUCUCCUUUUUGUUUGCACGCUUCCUUCCUCCUUCUCCCUCCUUCCUUUUUCCUGGGCACUCAAAUGAUGCGGUGCUGUGUUUGGCUACACAAGGCUCCAACCGCAAACAACCAGAUGCCGAAUAAUGUAUUUAUCAUUAAACGUUCCAUUCAGGUUUUUUUCUGGAAAAAAAUGCCAAAAAUCAAAAAAAAAUUAACAAAAAAUCCAUACAUUUAAAAAAAAUGAAAAAAAAACAAAACAAAAACAUUAACAGAGAUAAGAAAUGAAUGUUUGUUUUUAUUUUGUGUGUAAUAUGUAUUGAAUUAAGGCAGAAACUAGCUGUAUCUAUAUAGUGCAUGGCAAUUUUAACAGAGAGAUGGUUUCUGGAUCCAGGCGCAUAUUUUGACCUCUCUCUCAUGUAGAGAUUUUAGCUGGAUUGUACAUUUUAUUGUCUUCUUGUGAUCACAUUUUAAAUAAGUGAAAAAAUCUGCUUGGCUACAUCGUCACAAGGACAUGCUUUAAUCCAAGUGUGCUUUUUCUUUCUUUUGGACCAUGCCACGCACACUUAAAUGGUUGCAUGGGGCUGGAAAAAGAUGUAUGUAUUGUAUUAUGAAGUGUAAUAUUAGCCCACGUUUUGGUUAGAUUUUUUUUCUUAAAGAAGUUAAUGGCCAGAACAAAAAAUUACAGAUAAUUUACUCACCUCUUGUCAUCCAAGAUGUUCGUGUUUUUCUUUCUUCAGUCGAUAAGAAAUUGUUUCUUGAAGGGAAAAAAAUCAGGAAUCAUCUCCAUAUAGUGGACUCAAGUGGUGCCCCUAAGUUUUAACUUCCAAAAUGUAGUUUAAAUGGAGCUUCAAAUGGCUCUAAAUGAACCCAGACGAGGAAUAAGGGUAUUAUAUAGCAAAACAAUCAGUCAUUUUCAAAACAAAUUGAAAAGUUAUAUACUUUUUAACCUCAAACGCUCGUCUUGUUUAAGUCUGCGUGAACUCUGAUUUGUUUUGUUUUUUUGUUUUUUGGGAACUCGGUUCAAUACGGUCAAUACAGUUAGGGUAUGUCAAAAAACUCCCAUCUCGUUUUCUUCUCUAACUUCAAAAUCAUCCUACAUCGCUGCAGAAGUACAAGUAGACAGACUACGCAUGCGCAUCGCAGAGACGAGACAGAUGUGCAUUUGAGAUUAAAAAUAUGUAAAUUGUCAAACUGUUUUGAAAAUGACCGAUAGUUUCGUUAGAUAAGACCCUACUUCCUAGGCUGGGAUCGUUUAGACCCAUCUGAAGCUGUAUUUAAACUGCAUUUUGGAAGUUCAAAUUUGGGGGCACCACUUGAGUCCACACCUGAAAUGUUUUCCUCAGUAAACAUAAUUUCUUAUGACAGAAGAAAGAAAGACAUGAACAUCUUGGAUGACAAGGGGGUGUGAAUUAGUAAAUUAUCUGUAAAUUUUAGUCUGGAAGUUUACUUCUCCUUAAGGGUCUAGGCCCUUUCUGCCUCAUGAAGUUUUAUUCCAUGUCGGGAUUUGGUACGGGGCCGGGAUUAGGGAAGGGAGGUAUGGAGCGGUGGUGGGAUUUUGCUUCAGAAAUAGCCACCAUUUUUGGAUUGUGUGAUUUUUGUCCCACUUUCCCCUCUUUGUAUUCCCCCCAGUGUCUGUGAUAUUCACGAACACAGUUUGGGACAGAAACACCUCACCUUCUCCCCCCUCUUUUAUUGUUUCACUGAAGUAUCUCAUAGCACCUUACAGGCCAGAGCAGGUAGGAAGGAACGGGUAACGUUAGAUAUGAAAUAUGAGUUCAUGCCAUACGGUCUGUUGAAAUGACCUCCUAAGAGUUAUGAUGUUGAAGGAAAUUGUGAACUGUUGUAAAAUACAUUGUAUGAGACACAGCCAUUUAAUGAUUCAAACAUUGUGCAGUUCUGUCACAGUGCACACUGCUCAUUACGUUCCUGUAUAGAAUUACCUUAGCUCUAAAAUCUGGUGUUGUGCUGAUUAGUAGAUACUCUGAGGUGAGUGUCUGUGGUCAGUAGGGAACAAAGAAAGCUCUUUCUGUGACAUUUCCUUCAGUAUCUAUUCAAACCAUUGGCUUAGAAGGGGAAAAGCUUUCUACAACACUGUAACCCAUGAAUAAAGUUUUGAAUGUACAUACAA